AUGGAACCCCAACGACUGAGAACCAAGGCACAGAGACUUCGAGACAAUCUUGCCCAAUCCUUUGACCAGACCAGACAGAACUUCUGGAAAGUCCAGCAGCACAAUAUCCGGACAUUUCGCCGCCAGCCCCUCGCUGAAAUAUCUGGAUCCUUCGGAGACCUAGGCACGCUCCUGCCUUUGAUGAUCCUACUGACAGAGCAGCAUGCAAUUUAUCUGUCCAGUACUCUUGUAUUCAGUGGACUCGCCAACAUUGCGACAGGCGUCCUCUUCGGCAUCCCGCUGCCCGUGCAGCCCAUGAAGGCCAUAGCGGCCGUAGCGAUCGCACAGCGCUUCUCACCCCAGGAAAACGCCUCUGCUGGUCUCUUCGUCGCGGCCGUGAUUGGCCUGCUCAGCAUCACUGGCUUGAUUCACUGGCUCACCAGACGGGUGCCAGUUCCAGUUGUCAAAGGCAUUCAGGUCGGCACCGGCCUGUCUCUUAUUAGCUCAGCAGGGAAGCUGUACGACAGCAAUGAUGCAACUCCUUACAUUCUUGUUAUUGUCUUCCUUGGCCUCUUGGCUUCUGCUUCCUUGAAAAGAAUUCCAUACGCCUUGAUUCUUCUAGUCGCAGGCGUCAUUGCUGUAGUUGUAGGAGAAGCAGCAGUCCGCUAUCCGACAGCCUGGCCGACAUUCAGCAUCUGGAAGCCACGUACCUUCGUUCCUUCAAGCGAAGCUUUUGCCAAAGGUACAUUGGAUGCAGGCAUUGGUCAAGUUCCGCUGACUGCCCUCAACUCCGUAAUUGCGGUUACCUUUUUAGCAGCGGAUUUACUCCCUGAGGUGCCAACACCCACAGCAACUAGUAUCGGACUCAGUGUAACAUGCAUCAAUCUUAUCGGUGCUUGGUUUGGUGCUAUGCCAGUGUGUCAUGGAAGUGGUGGUCUUGCAGCCCAGUACCGCUUUGGCGCACGGUCAGGAUCGAGCAUCAUCUUUCUCGGGCUCGUCAAAUUCUUGCUCGGGUUGUUUGCGGAGAGGAUUGCAGAGUGGCUAUUUGUGUGGUUUCCGAAGGUGUUACUGCUUAUUCUAGUCGUUGCUGCUGGUCUCGAGCUCGUGAAAGUUGGUGAGAGCCUGAACACGGACGAGUCGCUGGACCUGCUUCCGCAAGAUCAAGAACGCAGUAAGCGAAGUGAUCUUGGGAUCGGAGGCGACAAGUCUGCGUCAGAGUUGACAAUUGACGAGCGCAAGCAAAGGUGGACAGUGAUGGCUGUGACAGUUGCCGGCAUUCUAGCUUUUCACAACGAUGCGAUAGGAUUUGUUGCUGGCAUGCUUUGUCACUGGUCAUUUCAGCUACAUGAUCGAUACGAAGCCCAUUUGCAGUCUCGACGUGGGCCUAUCCAGUUGGGUGACGACUGA